AUGGAACCAUCACCAACUGAUCCAUGUCCAUUAUAUCUCCUCUUUGUCCAUGGCUUUGUCCCUCAUGGUCUCUUCUUGCAGCUUGUCUCGCGAUCCAUUCAUUGGUGUUCAAAGACAUGGGCCACGCAUCAACCCACCCUGUACCAAAAUGGAGCAUGGUUCAUCAUUGGAAAAGAUAUUCAUGAUUUUGUCCUCAUACGCAAAACAGGAUUUGUGAAGGUAAUCUUGAGACAAAAAGCACAAAGUCAUCAGGUUGUAGGACAGAACUCCGCCGAACUAGCAACUCUUGUUCGUGAAUUUCUUGAAGACACCCUAAAGAAUUUGUCACAAGAAAUGCCCUACCUGAGGGGACUGCAGUAUAGGCUGUGUGUUGCAUGUCCGAACUGUCAUCAAGGGACAGAAGAAAUGCGUCAAGCAUGCUCAGACUACAUGAAAACCACUUGCACACACAAGGACUGCCUCCACCUCAUUGAUGCAAAUGAAGGUCAGCCGGACAUUUGUACGCGAAAACCUUGGGAUAUGGUAGAACCAGUUUGUGGAUUGAAGAAAUGGUUCUUGAAAAGAAGCCAGGUAUAAUUGACUGUAAUGAUCUUUCAAGCAAAGAUUUCUGGACUCAGUUUCGUGUUUGCUUCGCUCCCCUAAUUUACAUGAUGUGAAUAUCAAUUGGGCUGUUAUCAGCGUUGAGAAAGGGAGCCCUGAUAGGUUGUCUUCCGUUUAAAAUAUAAGUCAAAGAAUUUGUAACAAAAUGAAAUUAUUUUUGAAUUCUAUACUUCUUCGUUUUACCUUGGUAAAGUAUUGAUCAAUUAAAAUUUAUAUGACCACAACCAAAGCUUUUUCAAUGUAAUUACCAUAAUCUUACAUGACCCUUUUUUUCUUAAGGGGUUGUCCUCUUCAAAUGUAGCUGCUAGAUUACAUGAUGAAGCAAGUGAAAUCAAUCCAAAGAAGUCUGCCACAGCAUUGAAGGUGACUCUCCUUGGCAGUGAGUGGAGUUUGUCAAUGAGGGGCUUGUCCACCAUCAACAGACAGCUUGCCAUUCUGUUGGCCAAACGCUCUGAACUGGACGUUACUCUCCUUGUCCCACAGUUUGCCUGUACUGAUAAAGAGAGGAGAAUGGCAUCCAGUCACAAUGUUUCCAUCCGGGAAGCCGAGAAACUUGAAGGCUUCAGUGAUCCUCUUGAAUGGUUGAGUUUCCCACCAAGAGACCUUGACAUUGACUUUGUGCUGGGUCAUGGUGCAAAGCUUGGUAAGCAAGCCCAAGUUAUCAGAAAGUCUCACAAUUGCAAGUGGAUUCAGGUGGUGCACACUGCACCCGAAGAACUUGCAAUGCACAAAAACUAUCCCAGUGCUAUUGCCAAGGGUCAAGAGAAGAAUUUAACCGAAGUGGCGUUGUGUAGGCUGGCAGAUGCUGUGCUAGCAGUUGGACCUAAGCUAACAGUUGGACCUAAGCUAACAGACGGUUUUGCCACUCAGCUCUGCUCACGCAAGAGUGAGGACGAAAUCCUUCAACUGACUCCUGGAACUUUCUGUGAGUUCUCUGACGUAAAACAAACCCUAAAGGAGCGUAACAAGUUCACGGUACUGACGUUUGGCCGUGGUGACCCAGAGGACGUCAGCUUGAUGGGCUACGAUAUCUCUGCUAGAGCAAUAGUUGAACUGAAAGACAGGUCUUAUCAUCUGAUUUUCGUGGGUGCGCCUGACGGUAAACAGGAUGAGGUAGCAAAUAAUUUACUCAAGAGUGGAAUUGAUAAAAAACAGCUGACCGUGAGGAAGUUCAUGCAAAGUAAAGAGCGAUUGAAAGAAUUAUUUUGUGAAGUUGAUCUUUGCAUCAUGCCCUCUAGAACAGAGGGUUUUGGUUUGACAGCGUUGGAGGCGUUGUCUGCCGGUCUUCCCAUUCUUGUCAUUAAAAACUCAGGAUUUGGUGAAGCACUGUGCACUUUAUCAUCGGGCAAAUCAUUCGUAGUGGAGUCUGAGGACCCCAAGGAGUGGGCAAAGGCAAUUUCUGGUGUCCGACAGAAGGAAAGAUCAGAUCGACUUCGAGAUAUUCAACAGCUGAGGAGUUCAUAUGGAGAGAAGUUUAGCUGGGAGAAACAGUGUGACCGUCUUGUGGACAAGAUGUUUGACAUAGUUCAUGGUGAG